GUAUCUAACCAAUGCCCAGCAUUGACUACUAUUCUUAAAUAAAAAAUGUUGUUAUUAUGGCUUGGUUAGGUUGUGACCGAAAAGUUAAAAUCAUCUGUAAUUUUGUGUAAAAGCAACGGCAACAUUGUUUGUCACGUUUCGUCCGCCGAAUCAUGCCGACUGUAUCUCCUAUCCUUGUCUUUCUCACGGUGAUCCGCACGGGCGAGGCGACUCGGUGAGUAGCCACGCGUGCUCGUACCCGUCCGUUGUUGCACAUCGACAUUAACCGCUUUCAGUGCUAGAGCGCGUUCCUCCGCGCUAUACUCACAUAACCUAAAAGUUAAACAAUCCUGAUAAUUUUAGUACUAUUCAUUGUAAAACCAUUAAAUACUCAUGAUUACCUCGAAUUUAUAAGUUAGUGUUGUGGAAGUUUACGCCCAGCGAAAGGGCGUACGUGGAGUGUAUUUUUGUGCAACACAAAGUAAAUACAAACGGCAAGCUGUGGGGUUCAGGGGCCUUUUUUUUGCCGCCGCAGGGGAUGUACUAUCCUGUGAGUAACGGCAAUGUCAUCGAUACAGGAACACCAACCUUGCUGCAUAUGGUGGGGACGGGUAUGGCGACCCCGUUCCCGGCGGCGGCGGCGGCUGCGGCAGCCGCGGCACAGUUCGCAGCUAACGGCGACGCACUCGCCGGCGUGAAGGCUGAGGCUGCCGGUCCGACAGCUCCACCUCAACCCCCGCUCGUUAAGAGCGAAGGCCCGCCACCGCCCGCGCCUCUACCGCCCGCCAAUUUCUCCCCUCAACCGCCUCCUCAACAAACACACACACAAAAUUCAGUAGAAAAUCAAAACAACAAUAACAAUACGCAAAGCGAAGGCGAAGCAAAUGAAGAGAGCACACCAGUAAGUGUGGCGGCGGCGGUGGUGGCGCAGCAAGCCGCGGCCGUAGUGGCGCAGCAAGCGGCGGCGGCGCACGCGGCGGCCGCGGCCGUCAGCGCUGCCGUCGCUGCCGGCAAUGUUAACGCUACCGGCACUCCUGAAAAACCGACACUCGUACCCGUCUCACAAGCGUCACAACCUAAACGAUUACACGUCUCCAAUAUACCCUUCAGAUUUAGGGACCCAGAUCUUAGAAAUAUGUUUGGGCAAUAUGGCACGAUUCUCGAUGUAGAAAUUAUCUUCAACGAACGUGGUUCCAAGGGAUUCGGUUUUGUAACAUUCGCAAAUAGUGGUGAUGCGGAGCGAGCACGAGAGCGUCUUCACGGCACCGUGGUUGAGGGCAGAAAGAUAGAGGUUAAUAAUGCGACAGCGAGAGUGCAGACAAAGAAACCUCCGACAGUUCCCAACGUGUGUGUCCAGUGGCCGGAAGGUGAGAACCUUCAUUACGAUUUUGCGCUGCGCCGCGAGCCGCGCGCCGCGCCGCACGCCGCCGCCGCCCCCGCCCCGCACGCCCCGCCCCAGCACGCGCUGUCGCACGCCGUGCUCAACCGCGCCGCCGCCUACGCCUCGCAGAUGCACGCCUACGCGCCUGUAUAUUACGACCCGUUCUUAGCAGCCGCGGCGACGGCUGACUCCAACUACAGACUCCAGGCCGCGAAGCCGGCAGCCGAGGCGGCAGCUGCAGCAGCAGCGGCAGCGGCGCCCCUGCUGAAGUCUCCGCUUACUUCGGCGCAGCACGCGGCGGCGGCGGCCGCGGCCGCUAACUACGGCGCGGCCGCGCGCGCCGCCGCCGCCGCCGUCAGCGCCGCGCCCGCGCCCGCGCUCGCGCCGCUCGCUGCCACGUCAGUACCAACGUCCACCUCCAACACUUUGAUGUCGCUCAUGUACGGCAGAGAAUAUGCAGAUCCAUAUUUAGGCCAUGGAAUCGGACCAGUAUCAGGAUAUGGGACUGCAGUGUACAGAAGUGGCUACAACAGAUUUGCGCCAUACUAGAAAGCCAGUGGAUGGAUACGAUUGAACUCGAAUACCUUCGUCACCUUCACCUUAACAUGACAAUGAACUCUCUUUGUAAACGUACAAACAUAAAUCAUAAAUUUAAGGAUCAAUAAUAAACGCUAGCAGACUACCGUGUAAGUAUCUAAGCUUGGGUAGCAAACUAACGAAGUAACGAGCGAGCGUGGAGUCGUGCAGUCGUCGAGUCGUCGAGUCGUCGGCGUCCACAACUUAUGAAAUACCAAAGUCAUUAAAAUUUCUAACAGAAUACUUUAUAAGUUGAACUUAAUGUAAAUUAUUGUGUACCUAAUGCUAUACAAGUGCGAGCAGCUAAAGUGAUUGCUUUCGUUCUAUUUAGAUAUUCUAGGAGUUACUAUAAUUUUAACAGAAGUGAAUUCAUCUUACGAUCAUACGUACCGUACUGUCUAGUGUAGAUGUUACACUUUGUUCAUCGUGGACAAUAGAAGAAAUAUUUACUAUAUUGUAAUGAUAUAUUUAGUGAGCUUUGCACUUGCAUAUCAUAAAAUUGUAAAUACUUGUUUGGAAACAUUUAAUUCGGUCUUGAUAUUUUAUUUUUAAAUUCAAAAUUGCCAAAUGGUGUUUCCUGAAUACAUUUUCAGCGAUCUUAUUCUAAAUAAUAAUAUACUCGUUAACGUUAAAUGGUCUCCAUUUUUAAUUAUUAAAUAGAAUAAAUUCGAUUUGUAAACGCGAAUUAGUUGGCGUUGCGGUUUAUACCUAAUAUAUCAAUUUUAGUAAAAUCGCCGUUAUUAUCUUGUAGACAUGUAUGUACGCAGAGACAAUAGAAAUCUCAAAUCAACUAUUUUGGAGUAAAUACGUUAUUUGGUGCGAUAUCAAUGUGGUGCCAUUUAUUUGGUUGUUAUUUUUACAUCGUAUUAUAUAUUUUCUAAAGUUACCUUGUACUCUAUACAGUUUAUGUGACCUAGUUGUAGGCUGUCCCUCGGAGAACGCGACCAACGUCUCGGGUGUGCAAUGCUCUGCCUCGCGUCGCUCCGCUUGAAGCGUGUCUCUUGAACUUUUGGCAGUGAACGCGAGGAGAGCACUUGUAUACGUGUGUUGUUAGUCGGUAGAACUAAUAUGGCGUCGUUUCGGUUUGUACAUUUCGCUUGAAGCUUACGUUGUCGACAGUCCCCGUUCCUUCCGUCAGCGCUGUGUCGCAGUCUGAGCCAGGCGUUUUCUCGUGUUCCUGGUUACUUGUAAAUCGGUUGCUAGUUUAUAAAUAAGCUAAUGUUUUACAGAGUGUAGGCGAAACGCUUUAGCUGUAGUCUAUAAGGAAGAAGGGAACUCCGUCGAGUUCUUACAUAUCAUUGAGAUUUUCUCCUUGUAUGUAGUUACGUUUAUUCAAUAAUUAUUCUAUUGUCUUUUAACGAUGUCUUAUUUUUACAAUGCUAUUUAAUAUUUUUGUCUGGCGUACGGACUUUCAUUUUUAUAGAACAAACACGCAUACGGGUCCAACCCUUUUAGAAGUUGUAAAUUUUAGAUCUAACAUUUGCAUUAGGAUUUUAAAGUAUUGUAACAUCUAUGAAUUCGCUCAACGUUUAUACCAAAGCACAAAAACCCAUCGAUUCAUACGUAUUCGGAGAAGUGUUUCAUGACAUUAACCCCUUUUCGAUAGAUUUAAUAGUCUUUCAAUGAGAAAAACUUGGGAAAUCUAUAAGUCGUGGUGUAGAUAGAUGAUAACUAGAACAAAACUACAGACUUUAUUUUUUACUUCAUUUGUUGAAAGUUUUCAUUAAUCCUAAGUAAUUUUUUUCUAAGGACAUAUCUACAUGUUUGCCAUCUAGAGUAGUUUAAUCUUAACGUAGUUCAAUGACUAUAUACAUACAUAAAAUAUAGAUCUGAAUUAAAUCAUAGUUGAUUGUCAAUCUUCUCAUGUUAUUGUAAAUUCCUAAGGAAUAUAGUACACAUUGUGUUACAGAUGUGUCUGUAUGAGAGGUUGCGUCGACGUCGACGUAUUAGAGCUUUGUCAGUUUAUUUUUCAAACCUUUACGUAGCAAGUAGAGAUAGAGUACCGAAUACGUUGGGCUGGUGCAGGGGCGCAUGGCUCUCGUCACUGCUCGGUGUCGUCUGAUGAUGAUAGCUUUAAUUAAUUAAAGGUGUUAAGGUGAUGUUCUCACCCAGUUGUGUCAUCUUGUAACCACAAUUAGAAUAACUAACUCAAGUAGCAUUUCCAUGACAUUAUUAUUAUUAUUUGUCUUGCAGAAUUCUAGUCUUCGCGCACAAUCUUUUAUUAAAAUAAUAAAUAAAUAGUAAAGGUGCUUACUCGUAAAGGUUUCAUGUGAUAUUUACGGAAUUAGUUGUCGAAUCUUUGUCUCGAUUUUUAUUCUAUUAUUUCCGUACGAUAUGUAAUAAGCAGUUCGUGUCAUAUUUUCCUUUUACUGAUUAUUUUUAUAAUUAUUACUCUCGCCUUUUAGUGCCACUGGCUUUUAUAUAAUAAGUUAUAUUUACUUUAUCGUACGUUAUUGUAGUCUCGUUGCAGCUUCGAACAAUAUUUUGUGCUUUACUGCUGAAUACUCAUGCGUGGAUGCGUUAUUUUAAGUAAUUCUUAGGUUUGUAGGAAUUGUCUGAUUAAUGCAAGAUUUUGUAUCUGAGUACAGAAACAAGUACAUGUGAUUCUAUUUGAUGAUUUUAUUGUUUAGUUUUAGUAUUUUGUAUCAAUUAAAGUCACAAAUAUUUGUGAGUGUUAUAUUUUUAAAUCAUCAUAUUUUAUAACAAGUUAACAGGACUUUAUUUGGAAAUACAAUAAUUACUUACGAACUUUGAUAUUAAAAAUUCGAUCAAAUUCUGACCAAAUCUCGUCUUGUUUACUUGGAAUUUUAAAAUGUACCUACAUAAUUUUUGAUUAUGUUAUCUUUAUAGUCUUUAUGUAUGAUUUUAAUGAUAAUUAAAUAAAUCACAAAAGCAAAAUACCUAAGUUUUGUAUAAAGUUACAUAAUAUAAGCCAAAUUGUUGUUACUUGGAGAAUAAUCAGAAUUUAAAUUACAUAUCUGACAAAAUGGUUAGUGUGCUACAAUAAGAUUGAAAAAAAAAUAACAUCAAGAACAAUGUAUUAUAAAUAUUAUAAUCAUUAAAUUAAGGAUAUGUAUUUUGUAACGCAGUUUGUUUCUCAGUUUUUAUGAGAUGUUAAAUUAAAGUUUCAUACUACUCUUGUUUCAUGCUGUGCACAACUUAUACGAUCGUCGGCUUCGAUAUUGUAUUCAUUAGAUAAAGCGAAUUGUUAUAUUGUGCAUAAUAAAUCAUAUCAGUAGUGGUGUUAGCUAGUUGCGAGCCGGCGGCAGCGUCCACUGUACAUAGGUAUACUUAGUGUUACCGGCGGCCGUAUUACUGUGCCCUCGGGUCAUAUUGUUAAAGUAGCCAGAGUUGAUAAGUAUCACUUGUUCGUCAAUUGCACUCGUCAAAGCUGUUCAGUUGGUGUUGUAGGUUAUUCAGAUAUUAGCGGGGUUAUUGUUAGCUCCUGCGUGGCAAACUCGCAACUUGUGGCCGUGCAUGACACUCAUUUUAUUGCACGACAUCGCCACACGGCACGUCUACAAAUUGCUGGUUUGUUUGCGAUUAACCCCAAAACAUUUAGAUGGUGUAACGCAUACUGACUAUGGGAUCGAUUAGUUGCUGGUCUACUAUCCGGAACGUAAAUAAGUUUAACGUUCUAAGAUCCAUAUUAUCACUGUUAACUUAAUUAUAGCUAUCGUUUGUAAUUACUAUUUGUUAUGCAUUACUUUUGAAGUUGCUUGUAGUGAUCAAAGCAGUCAGUAUGCGUUGCAGCUGCAUUGUGGGCUAGUAUGCGCGUGCGCAUAGUUUCCGAGCUAGUCUCGAGCACACUUGCAGCCGGCCAGUAUUUGAAAUACUAUUACAAUACCGUGCUCAAUUCCUGUAUCUGUACAUUGUAAGUAUAAUGUUGACAAAAUGUUUUUGAAGUUUAAUGUAAACUACAUACAAUAGGUUUGUUACAUAAUGAAUGUCUUCCGUUUGGCACAUUUUAUAGAUAUACCUACUUUGCACAUUUUAUUAAAGCACGGAUCUACAUAGGAAUACUAGUUCAAUAUUAUUUAACAGAGAUAUUUUCAAGCCAAGUGCACAGCGAGCCCCUCAUAUACAAUUUGUGAUACCUAAAGUGAAAUACGAUUUUCCUUUUUUUUUGUGUGGCAAUUUUUAAUGGAUUGCAAAGCUGAUUUUCUCUUUUGAAUUGUAAAUAUUUUUUUCUAAUGAAAAAUAUUAAAUGAAGUGAAUCAUUUUAAAGCCUUUGGCAUUGUGUACUCAUUUACGUUAUAAAUAAAUUAUAGUAUAAAA